AUGCCGUCUCCACUGAACGCACGCCUGCUUCCCGUCCUCAUCUUUCUCACCGUUCCCCUCCUCCCAACUUCAGCAACCUACAACGUACUACCAGCCCCACCCUGCUCCGGCGACCGGGGUACCGAUUCAUUCUUCGUCCCCAACUCCAUCAAGCCCUUCAUCUGCCUUGGCGGACACAAGGAAAUUAAAUUCAACCUCACCUGUACCUCCGUCCCCGUCACAGCCGCCUCGUACAAAUCGUCCCUCGCAGAACUGCAAUCGAACGCCUACCAAGCCGUCGCCAGCCACUCAGUCCCGAAAUACGACUUCGAACACAAAUACGACACGACCGCUUGCGUCCCACCACAAAUCGGCGGCAGUGGGGAUGCGCCCGUCUCGUCCGUUACGAGAAUCUUGACUCCAACGGACAUCCCACCCGUGCCAGACAAUACACGCAGGCGUAGAUCCAGGAUGGCGGAUAAUCCAGUCCUUGAAACAUCCCCGACUGAACCUUGCACGGAGAUCAGCAUACGUCAGCUCGCGGACGAUGAGCAGAGCGUUUUCGAGAAACCGGGAAGUCCGUAUCAUGUGUUGCUACCGCAGGGAGCGAAACAUUUCACCCUAGAGACCUGGUCGGACUUGCUGGAUACGCUCGCGCAGCUGCCAGGCGCUGAUCAGGGCGGGGACACGGGUGGGAACGGUGGGCCGUUGCAGUGUAGGAUUGAUGUGUUUGAAGGGAAUGGACUGAAGUUUGGGGAGGGAUGUAUUACUCCGCUGAAGGGGGGACGUUUGAUGUCACGCACGUGA